AUGAACCCCAGCACAAGCAGCAGCGCGGUUGCCAGCGAUAGCCCCGCAAGACUGUCGCGGCCCCAGGCCGCCGCGCUGUCGUGCGCCCUUGGCGCCGCCGGGGCCGGCGCAUACCACCUGCUCUCCACCCAGCCGGCGCUGCCACCGCUGAGCGACGCCCUGGGAGAGCUUGCAGCGGCCGCAGGCGUGUUGCUGGGCGGUGCGGCGGCGUGCGCGGCGGUGGCCAAGGCGGUGCUGGGUGACAGAUUUCACGUCGAGCUGCACAG